GAUCGAGUGACCUUUCCAAUGGGUGGAACAGAGAUUCUGUGUUUACUUGCUAGUUUAUGCCAGGUUGUCUUGCUGACCUGUGAACAGCAUUUAAACCCUGUUGAGGUUGAAGUUGUAUUUCAGUCCUUCCCAUCCACAAAAGAUUCAGAUGCCUACUCAGUCACCUGCAGGACUGCAAGUAACCAGCUGGUGUAUGUGGAGCCCAUCCACCAUUCAGCAUGUUCCCCUGAGUGCAAAAUGUCAUUACGAUUGGUUGAGGACCCAAGAGGAUAUAACAUCUCACUGACAGCCAGCAGAAGUGAUACUACUCUUGAGGCAAAGACUUUUCCCUUCAUUCCAGUCUCCCUGUCCGCCCUUCAUGUUUACAGCACGACUACUACUGCUCUCCUGAUGUGGAAACUUCGCAAACAACAAACCCUAGCCACCUUGAGUCUACACAACACUCACACACAAUCUGUCACGCACAUCUUCAACAUAAACUCAUCAGAGACAAACUCUCAGUACACAGUGAAAGGUCUCCAGCCUGGCACACGCUUCAAGGCCAAAGUUGUGGUCACUACGUUCCUCAAACACCUUAAUAUGACCCUGAAGCAGAGACUCAGCAUUGAUAUUGAAACAGCUCAGUGCCCACCUGGCUGGUUGGCCAAUGGGAGAAGCUGCUACACUGUGAGAAGGACGGGUUUGACCUGGACUGAUGCCCAGCACAGCUGCGGAGGCCUGGCAGCCGGAAGUCACCUGGCUGAUCUGAAGACCGUGGAAGAUUUGCUUUUCAAAUCUUCUCACCUGCUGAGCCACAACCUGCUGCUGCUAUGGACCGGACUCAAUGACCAGCAGGAGGAGGGGCAUCCUCUCUGGUCUGAUGGCUCAGCCUAUAACUUGAGGAACUCCACGAUGUCAUUACUGCCAGCCAAUCAGACAGACUGUUUUGCCCUUCAGAGGAAUGCCACAUUGCCAGGAUACUUUCUCACUCCAUUCUUCUGUAACAUCCCCUUACCCUUCAUCUGCCAUUGCCAGACCCCUCCUGUCCCUGCCCCGUUCUCCUUUGACCUGGUUCAGGUGACAGAGCAACAAGUACAGCUUUGUUGGGGUGACCUCUCACCCUUCAACUCUCUUAAUCUUUCUUCUAUUGAGAUAUUCCUCCAGUACCAAGAGGAGGCAGAUGGAGAGUCGGGUCAAGAUGAAGAAGAUGGAAGCAGGAAGGACAAAAAGGGGGCACAGAGCCUGAGCGGUGUUAGAAAAAUCGUCAGGGUCCCCAUAGUCCUCUCCUCCAGAGGGGUAGCAGUGACAGGCUUGUCUCCAGGGAGCAUCUACUCUUUCACCCUUCGAGCUUCUCAUCCUGCUGGCUCCACCUGGAGCUUGGGACAAACGCGAACUGCGCACACUAGACCUCUUCCUCCUCAAAAUAUCACUUUUGGCCCCAGUACCGUCAGUCAGAUUAGUGUCCACUGGAUAAUGACAGAUGUACAGUUAAGGCUUAGAUGGACCUUUGUUGUACGCUAUGUGGACAUGUCUUCACGACAAGAGAGCAUAGUUGGAAGGACCAAUAUCUCCAGGUUAUCUGAGACUGGUGGGCUGCAGGCAUACGCUGCUGUGAUUGGAGGGCUGGAUUCUCACAGGAAAUACAGAGUUGAAGUUUACACCGUCACCCAGCAUGGCAUAGAGAGCUGUGGACAAGCGCCUGUGACUGUCCAGACUGCGGUGAAGGCCCCUAGUGGUCUGGUGGUGUUGAACACAACAGGAGAUCUGACAGUCUGCUGGACCAGUUCACCUGAUCACCCACCAGAUGGUUAUUAUGUCACAUCCCACCCACCCAUAUAUCCCACUCUAACCUCACUGUGGAUAAACCAGACCAGUCCUGGUUCACACUGGGCACGUCAGUCUGUGUGUGUUAAUUUGGGCACAUUUACUCCAGGUCAGACUUAUGAAAUAGGAGUUGUCUCUCUGAGGGGAAAGGACAGGAGCAACAGGACCAGAAUCAUACGCACCACAGAUCCAAUGCCAGUUCAGGUAGCAGUCCCCCUUUCAGUGGGCACAAACUCUGCACAACUUUACAUCCAGCAUCCACAUCUGGGCCUGAUUGAUGGGGUGAACGUGUGUGUAUGUCCAGGAUUGUGUGACAGUCUGUGUGAGGGACUGUGUGGGAACACAUGUCACUGGUACUCCCUGCCUGCUGGUGUUCAUAUCAUAACCCUGAGCAACCUCAGUCCAGGAUCAGAGCACCAGCUCAAGGUGUACAGCACAAGCCGAGAGCAGAUGGGACCACCGUACUACACCCGCCCCGUUAGAACAAGUCUGGCUACUCCUAACAGAGUGAGGGAAGGUGUGGUGACAGAUUCGUCCAUAGAGCUGCGUUGGGAUCCAGCACCAGGACAGGCUCACAGCUACGAGGUCAUCUGCCUAAACUGUGACCACUCACAAAUGGUGCAGAAGGUGUUCAGUCAGAGCGCAACGUUUUCUAGUCUGACUCCAGGCAGAAUCUACCACUUUGCAGUACGAACAGAGAAGGAGUCCUUCACAGACAGUUCCCCCGUCACCAUCAACAUCACUGCAGCCCCCAGCCCAGUAAAGAUGUCUCUUGUGAAUAAAACCACAUCAUCCAUAUGCGUACGUUGGAGUAUGGUCAGGGGAGUGGCGAGCGGACUCAUCCUGUCAAUCAAAAACAGAACAUUCAGUCAAGAGCUGAUGAUUUCUCAUCAGGAGGCCAGAUCUUACAGCUUUGAAGGCCUCGCUUAUGGAAGCCAAUAUACCAUUGAAGUGAUGAGCACCAGCGGGGGAAAAAGGAGUAAACCUGCUACUAUGAUCCUCCAUACAGUCCCAGAGGUGCCACAGGAUGUGACUCUUUCAGAGCAGGUAGUGACGUCUGUGUUUGUAACCUGGAGACCACCGCCAGGACAGGUGGAGGGGUACAAGCUUGUUUUUGGCCUGCGGUCUGUGGACAGGAAAUCAUGGAUUGAGGUUCUUGUCCAGGACGCACGUUAUGAGAUCAGGGAUUUGAUCCCGGGGUCAGACUACAGUGUCAGCAUUCAGAGUGUGCUUGGCUCAGACACCAGUCAGGCAGUCCACAGAGAGUUCAGCACACGCCCAGCAGGAUUAUGCGCUCUUCAUUUAGGCCACAUGAACUCUUCUUCUGUCUCUGUGAGCUGGGACAGUGCGUUUGGAGAGUUUGACUUUCACAGAGUCACUGUGGCCAACACCUCAGGCACAACCACGCACACCGUACCCAAGGAGGAACAGGUUGCCGUUGUCACAGGGCUGGUGGACGGCUGCAGUUACAACGUGAGUGCUGAGAGAGUCAGAGGAGUGACAGCGGGCAGCGCUGCCUUUCUGACUGUAACCACAGGGCCAGCACGUGUGCGAGGUGUGCGUGUCGUGAAUGUCUCUGCACGUGCAUUCUCGUUACGUUGGAAGCAGGCGAUUGGGUGUGUGGAUCAUUAUCAAGUCAACCUGCUACCAAACCAGGGAAAGGUCACAGUGUACCCUGCGUGUGACGAAUACAUUCAGGCCGAUGUGGUGAAUGUCACUCCAGGGACACGAUACAGUGUAACGGUCACAGCAGUCUCCUCCUCCUCCAACAUCAGCCCCGGAGUCAGCCGCAUGAUCAAUACUAAUGAGAGUGUUGCGGACCCACCUUUAGGCCUAGAAGGAGAGGCCGUGGGCUCCAAUGGUAUUCUUCUCUCCUGGACAAUGCCACCUGAUGCCAACAAUAUUGACGGAUACGUCAUCAGAUACAAGGAGGUGUGUCCCUACCCCGAUCCCACCUUCACACAGGUCACCAAGUACCUGGACGCACCUGAGACCCUGCUCACUGACUUCACCUCAGGUUCUACGUACCACAUUGAGGUAGCAGCCACAUCUCCAGCUGGAAUAGGAGCCUUCAGCAAAUCUGUAUACAUAAAGACCGCUGAGUCCCCCCCUGGCCUGGUGACCAACUUGACAGCGUUUGCUUCGAACCACACCUUCGUCAUGGUCACGUGGUUCCUGCCGCACCGCAUCAACGGCCUCAUCACGAAGUUUGCUGUGAAGGCUAAACACGCUCGUACUGGGCAGACGGUCCGCACGCUGGAGGUCAAGGCAGAGGACAUCAUGACCGGAGCACUGCCUCACUGCAAUGAUGCAGCAGAUAUCCUGUCCCGAGCGACUCUCAGUCCCUUGGAGAUUACAGCAUCGUCUUCACCCAUCACCCUCUCCGCCAUACCCCCUGCAGCCUCCUGGAGUGUGCCCAUAUCAGUAGGAGUUGAUCAACUACGACCUUACACUGCCUAUCUAUUCGAAGUGUCUGCCUUCACCUCUGAUGGAGAAGGACAGAUAGCCUCCACUAUGGUCCGCAUGCCAGAAUCAGCCCCAGAAGACCCGCCACAAAACUUCUUCAUAUUGAAUAUGACGUCUAGAUCGAUCUCCGUGUCCUGGGGCUCUCCCAACAUUAUCACAGGAAGAUUCACCUACGUGCUCUACCUUUAUGGACCUGCCGGAUAUUUGUAUGAGAACAGCACAGGAGACACGCGGUUUGCUCUGACAGGUUUGACCCCCUACACAAGGUACACGUUGGCCGUCCGAGCCAAAGCUGCUGGAGAAGUGGGUCCAGCAGCGCAGGAUGAUGUAAUUACACAUGCCGAAGCACCCGGUGCCGUGCAGGACUUGAUGGCAGAAGCUGAAGAUUCAGUUUCAAUCCGUGUGGGUUGGAGAAUCCCUGCCCAGCCCAACGGUCCAAUCACCCACUACAAAGUGCAGGUUCUUGUUGGUGACAGUUUGCUGCAGGACAUCACCCUCUCUGCAGAAAUGAAUACAACUGGUUUAAAUGAAGAUGAGACCCGUCCCCCUGAUGUCAAUAACAAUCCAGGGCGACGUAAGAGAUCUGCGGAGCUCAAUCUGAUCACAUCACCCCCGACUUUCACCGCCACCAUUUCUGAUCGCACACUGCCCUCUGCGACUGCUUCCAGUGUCACACACUCUGGACAAAGAAGCACUGUUUACAUCACUGACACCGAUGCUCAACCAGCUGCUGACCCAAUGGCCACUGAGAAGCCCAGUACCAGUUAUGUUUCUGCUUCACUCUCUAACAGCCCAAAUAUUCAAUUUACUGACUCUGCAGUCUCUGGGACCUCUGCAUUCCCUCUUACCGCUGUGCCGGCUGCUACACUUCCACCCUGGCUGACAAAGCAAUCGCAUGCUGGGGAUAUGACCUCAGAUUCUUCCGUCUUGUCCCUGACCCCAGGCCAGCUCCGCUUGUCCACACAUGAUGCAUCAAUUACGGGACACUUUUCAACACGCAGUGCAGCAGCUUCUGGUACGACAGGUGUAAUGGUGAGAGAGGAGGUGAUGGACGUUUUGUCUGAGGAGCUAUCAUACCUGGUGUCAGAUCUGAAUCCCUUCACCGAGUACACGUUCAGGGUCACUGCUUCCACAACAGUGGGAGAGGGUCCUGCAACAGAUACCACUGAGAAGACAAGGGAGCAGGUCCCUAGCUCAGUGCUCCAAGUGUCCUAUCAAAACAUCAGCUCCACCUCCAUACUGGUGAACUGGGUCCCACCACUUAACCCCAAUGGGAGGAUCACACAUUACACUGUCUAUGGCCUCAAACUGCACAGUUAUCAGGCCCUUAACUGGUUUACUAACGGUACCAGCAUAUUAAUAACAGAUUUGGACAAGUAUGCUGGUUAUAAGCUACGUGUAGCUGCAUCUACAGCUGUGGGAGAGAGCUCUCUGUCGGAGGAAGAUGACAUCUUUGUUCUCACCUUAGAGGACGAGCCUGACUCCCCCCCUGUGAACCUCACUGUGGUUAACACCAGCCCCUCUGCCUCCACACUGGCCUGGUCUGCACCAGAACAAGCCAACGGGGUGAUCCAACAUUACGAGGUCCAGUAUGAGAAUGAGUCCUACUCUGCGUUAAUGAACACGUCCUCUAACUCAGUCACUCUGAUGAACCUGAAGCCAUUCUCCUACUACAACGUGUCUGUGAAGGCGUUCACGAGUUACGGACAUGGCAACCAAACGUCCGACACUUUAUACCUGCUGUCCGGAGAGGACGUUCCUGGCAGUCCUCCGUAUGGCAUUAUGUAUGAGUCGGUCAGUCCCAGCGAAGUGAACGUGACCUGGCAGCCUCCUUUGAUGCAUAACGGGGUCAUUACCCAGUACAGUCUGGAGCUGUGGAAUUCCAGUCACUACCUCAACCUCACCUCCCCAACCAACUACAUCCACAUCACGCACCUGAGGAAGUAUGCACACUACCGCAUCAAGGUGCAAGCACACACGCGUGUCGGGCCAGGAAACUACAGCAGCGAGCCGCUCAACAUCACCACACUGGAGGAUGCUCCAGAUACACCUCCUCAGUUCCUCCACGCCAGGACGUUGUCAGACUAUGAGGUAGAGUUAUCAUGGCAACCACCACUUGAAGCCAAUUCCGACAUACUCUACUACAUCGUCAGAGUUUGGAAUGAAACAACUGAGCUGUGGCAGAAUGUGACACAGACAUCAGUGGUUAUUAAUGUAGACUCAGAGAGUCGCUACAAUGCCUCUGUCUCCAGCUGGAGCAGACUGGGAGAUGGAGGAGUGUUGAUUUACAUCAGCUUUACCACCACCGAUGCAGAACCAUUUGACCCCCCGCAGAAUGUGACUUUUGCAAAUGUGACUGCCUCCUCCGUCACCUUGCUGUGGCGCCCGCCUAUUGAACCUAAUGGAAUCAUUGUUUACUAUACUAUUCAUUACUCUAAUAACAACACUGUGGCUGAGCAGAGGGUUCUUCUUUCAGACUUACCUGCACCUGCAUCUCCUGAUUCAGCUCUCUCCUACACUCUGACCCGGCUGAUUGGGGGAACAAACUACACCCUGUGGAUGACCUCCAGCACAGUGCAGGGGGACGGAGGGGUCCAGAGCGAGCCACGUAACCUGUUCUUACCGGAGGACGUGCCAAGUGACUCAGUCCGAAACCUGACUGCUCAGAUCUUCAGCUCCACAGCCAUCAUCGUCAGCUGGGACCCUCCCAUGGAGCCGAACGGCCGUCCCAGCUACCUGCUCACCUUACAGGAGGCUGGCAUCCCCCCAGACAUAUCCAACCAAGGGGCUCCAGCUGUCAACAAGACCAUCAAUCAUACCACAACUGACAAUAUCUUCCUAUUCACCAGACUCAAGAAGUAUUUUCCUUAUGUGUUGACUGUUACCCCUGCAACUGGUGCUGGCGCUGCCUACAACCAUACUAGCACAAUGUAUCUGAGAACGGAUGAUGAUAUUCCUAGUUCGGCUCCAUUGCUGGUGUCCUCCAGGAAUCUGUCGUCCUCCUCUAUCGCAAUGGUCUGGCAGCGCCCUCUGGAGACCAACGGGAAGAUAACAGAGUAUACCCUCACUCUGUUUGGCCCAGGGGGCUCCAACACAACUCAUACCCCCAGCACCUCAUUCAUCCUCACAAACCUGCUUCCAUACACAGCUUACAACCUCACUAUUACUGCUGCAACACGUAAAGGCUCAGGGCCUUAUCUGCUGGUGCAGCUGCACACCGAUGAAGGAGGGCCCAUGUCGCCUCCCCGUAACCUGACUAUAUAUAACCACACAGCAUUCUCUGUGUGGCUGAGCUGGGAGCCUCCUCUGGAGCCCAAUGGAGUGGUGAUACAGUACGGCUUCAGGAUCCGUAACCUCAUCACACACACGGUCACACAUAAGAAUUCCUCCGGUCCGUCGACCACAGAGUAUCUAUCAGGCUUCAGGCCUCAUAGCUCCUAUGAGAUCAGUGUUUACAGUUACACCAGAGUGGGCCAUGGGAAUCAGUUCAGCAGCCCAGUGACCUUCACCACUAACGAGUCAGUGUCUGAUGCUGUGGGGAACCUCUCUUGCUCAGGAGUGAGCUGGGAUUCAAUACAGCUGUUUUGGGAACUUCCAGCCAACCCUAAUGGGCAGAUCAUUUUUUAUGAGAUUCUAGUGGAGGUAGACUCACAGUCCUACACGCACCAGGCUCACACACCAGAGUACACGUUGACUGGGCUGUCUCCAGACCAGAAGUAUGCACUCACUGUUGCCGCAGUAAACUCUGCAGGACCCGGAGACGGACUGAAUUGUACUACUUCCACUCUUCCUGAAUCAGCCCCAGCUGCCCCUCGCUUCCUCACCAUCUCUCAGGUCACACCUAACAAUGUGACACUUCAGUGGGCUCCACCGUUUUCAAUUCCAGGCCUCCUGAAAGAGUACCACAUCAUUGCACAGCUGCUUUCAACUGUUUGUGAACCAAACACACUAACUACUGCACAGCCGGCCCCAGAGGACGAACUGACAUCAGACUGCGUGGACUCUAAUGCCACAGUGUCAGUAAAUGCUUCGGAUGGCACUGAAGAGAACCACAGUGUCACACUCUACUCCCUGGCUAAGUACAGAUACUACCGCUUCAAAGUGGCUGCUGUGACCAACGCUGGAGUUGGGGAAUAUACACACUGGAAUUACGCACGUACACUGGCUGGAAACCCUGAUGACCCUCCCCGGGACCUAAAAGUGAUGCCCACCUCCAACGGCCUUCGCAUUUCAUGGGACGCUCCAGCUGUUCUCUCUGGACCGACUUCGUAUCUUGUGCAGGUGGAUGGUCCUGGUUUGAACAUCUCAACAGUCAGAGCUCCAGGAGAGUUGACGACUGUCGUUGUGACUAACUUGACUGCUUUCACUCGUUACUUGGUGACUAUCACUGCUUUCACUGGUCCGUUGGAGUACGCGGCCAGUGAUGGGAAAUCCAUCGGGCCUAUUGAAUUUCAGACAAUGGAGGAGGAGCCCACAGACCCUCCCAAGAAUGUGAUGGUAUCAGUUAUCCCAGAGGAAGUGAACCGUGUGAAGGUGACUUUCACCCCUCCAGAGGAGCCCAACGGAAACAUAACUGCUUACUUUGUGUACAUCUACGAAAAAGACCAUCUGGUCAAGAACAUCAGCCUUAAUAUCACAGAAAGAGACCAAAACAUGAUGAGUGCUGUCAUAGAGGGCCUAAAGGGAGGACACAGCUACAGCAUACAGAUUUCAGCAAAGAACGGGGCUGGUAGGAGCCCACCCAGCCCACAUGUCCAGAUAACUACAGGGAUCACAGCCCCAUCCAAGCCAACCCAAAGACCUGAGGCAGUCUUAGGCCAUGGAGGGGUUGCCAUGGUAACCCACAGGAGUAUCACCAUCCGCAUGCCUGCCUGUUUCUAUAGGGAUGACAACGGACCAAUCCAAGAAAUUCAGGUCAUCGUGGCCGAGUCAGGGGUAAAGGACAUCCAGAACCUGACCGACUGGAAGAAUGCCUUUUUUGAUCGUCCUGCCCCUUACCUGACCGACAAGGGGUUCCCCAACCCGCCAUGUUCUUUGGGGGACGGGGCAUUGCGCACAGACACGCACGUCAGAGGUGGUCGCACUGUGUCUGCAGGGGGUCGGCCUGCAGUGAGACAAAAUCACACUACGGCAGGAACGUACGUGAUCGGAGGGAAUAAUGACUGUAUAAAGGAGAACAACACUGACAAUUUCUGCAAUGGGCCUCUGAAGCCAAACACGGUCUAUGUGUUCAAGUUCAGAGCCACGAACAUCAAUGGCCAAUACACAGACUCUGAGUACUCGGAUCAUGUCAAAACUGCAGCGGACGGGCUGUUGACGAGAGAAGAGCAGAUCAUUCUGGGUGUUCUGCUCUCCUUCUUUUUGGCUGUGUUGCUCAUCAUCAUCAUCUGUGGCUCUGUCAAGAUCCACCAGCGCAAGAAGGAGGGCGGGACUUAUUCACCCAGAGAGGCAGAGAUCAUAGAGACAAAGUGUAAACUGGAUCAGCUGAUCGCUGUAGCGGAUCUGGAGCUGAAACAAGAAAAACUCAACCGGUAUUCUUCCUUCUUCUUUAGGCGGAAAGAGAUUUAUGUGAUCCAGCUGCUCAGCUACAGGAAAUCACUCAAGCCCGUCAACAAGAAGUCUUUUCUGCAGCACGUAGAGGAUCUGUGUGCCAAUGACAAUGCUAAGUUCCAAGAGGAGUUUGCUGAGCUUCCAAAACUGCUGCAGGACCUGGCCACCACAGAUGCAGACCUGCCCUGGAACAAAUCAAAGAACCGCUUUCCCAACAUCAAACCUUACAAUAACAACCGAGUGAAACUGCUGUCUGAACCGGGCACUGCGGGCUCUGACUACAUCAACGCCAGCUUUGUCUCAGGCUACCUUUGUCCAAAUGAGUUCAUAGCCACCCAGGGUCCUCUGCCUGGCACAGUGGCUGACUUUUGGAGAAUGAUCUGGGAAACGGGAACCCACACCAUCGCCAUGCUCACUCAGUGUUAUGAGAAAGGCAGAAUUCGGUGUCACAAGUAUUGGCCAGAGGACAAUAAGCCAAUGUCUGUGUUUAGUGACAUUCUCAUCUCAAAGGUGUCAGAGGAAGUCCUUCCUGACUGGACUGUCAGAACCCUGAAAGUAGAAAAGCAUGGGCACUAUAUUUUGGUUCGCCACUUCAACUACACAUCGUGGCCUGAGCACGGAGUCCCAGAGUCCUGCAGCACUCUCAUUAAGUUUGUGAAAGCUGUCCGAGCUCACAGACACAACAACACCACUAUAGUGGUCCACUGCAGUGCUGGUGUGGGCAGAACAGGUGUGUUUAUCGCUCUCGACCACCUUAUACAGCACGUCAGAGAUCACGACUUUGUGGAUAUUUAUGGCCUGCUGGCUGAACUCCGCAGGGAGCGGAUGUGCAUGGUACAGAAUCUGGCCCAGUACAUCUUCCUGCACCAAAGUACACUGGAACUUCUAAACAACAAAGGCAACAGCCAAUCCAUCUGGUUUGUCAGCUAUUCAGCUCUGGAGAAGAUGGACUCCCUGGAUGCCAUGGAAGGUGAUGUUGAGCUGGAAUGGGAAGAGACCACUAUGUAAAGACUGAGGGGACACCUUUGCCUGGGGGAGAGUGAGGCCUGUUGGAAGGCAACCUGUGCACAGACUCUGGACUGGCCGCCUCCAGCACACGAGGUUAGAGGGAGGAGGAGAAACAGGAAGCGAACAGCACUGUUUGAACUGAACGAUCUGUCAGUCAACUAAGACUUUGUUGCUCCACUUCAACCCACUUCUCAGUACAGUCCUCCAUUUAAUGAACCUCUUGGCCACUAGUUUUCAAAGCGAGUGAGAGAAACAAAAGGGGUGAGACAGUGACAAAGAAUGUCAGAAACGACGGGGAGAAAAGAGCAAAGCGGUGAGCUGAGUGUGAUAGCUUCUUCACAUUUGUAAGCCUAUACAGAUACUUUGCACAAAUUGAUUUCACUGAGUAUUGUAAGUAUUAUGUUGAUGUUACCUAUGUUUUUGUAAGCUAAUUUAUUCAGCCAAAACGGAAUCUCGUUUUAAUUCUGACUAUGUUGAAGUGUUGGCAGCAUUUCUGUUUUGUUUAUCCUUUCUCAAGAGUGAUUUGCAAAAAU